CAGUAUCACUUCAUUCCUAAAUCCUAAAUCCUCUCCCGCCUUCUGAGUUUUCUCUCUCUCUCUCUCUCCCACAUGGCUCCUCCAAGGAUUCUUCUCUGUGGAGAUGUUUUAGGUCGCCUCAAUCAGCUGUUCAAGCGCGUCUCUUCGGUAAACAAAUCAACGGGUCCGUUCGAUGCACUUUUCUGCGUGGGCCAGUUCUUCCCCGACUCAGCCGAUCGGCUCGAGGAGCUCUCAGACUAUGUUGAUGGACGUUCAAAAGUCCCUAUUCCUACUUACUUCGUCGGAGACUACGGCGUCGGUGCUCCCAAGGUUCUUUCCGCUGCUUCAAGGAAUCCGGAUAAUCAAGGCUUCAAGAUGGAUGGAUUGAAGAUAUGCGAGAAUUUGUACUGGUUAAAGGGUAGUGGCAAGUUCAAACUCCAUGGGUUAUGUGUGGUCUACUUAUCUGGGAGGCAGUCAUCAAGUGGCCAACCAUUUGGAACAUACACCCAAGAUGAUAUUGAUGCAUUGCGAGCUUUGGCUGAAGAAUCUGACUUGGUUGACCUGUUUCUAACUAAUGAAUGGCCAAGUGGGGUCUUAAAUAGAGCUGAUACAUCUGAAGUUCUUCCUGGAAUAUCAGAUUCAUUUGGAAGUGAUCCUGUCGUAUCAGAGUUGGUUGCUGAGAUCAAGCCUCGCUAUCACUUUGCAGGCACUAAAGGUGUAUUUUAUGCACGAGAACCAUACUCUAAUAGUGAGGUCCAACAUGUAACUCGCUUCUUGGGUCUUGCUUCUGUUGGAAAUAAGGAUAAACAGAAAUUUAUUCAUGCGAUCUCUCCUACUCCAGCAUCUAGUAUGUCAGCUUCUGAGAUCUGUGUGAAGCCACCAAACACCACCUUAUCUCCAUAUACAGUUGUAGAGAAACCAGUUCAUCCUAAAGAAGCAGAAAAAAGACCUAACAAUAGUGUUUCUGAUACACAAUAUUGGCGGUAUGAUGUCUCCAACAAACGACAGAAACAGGGAGAUGGAGAUGGUGAGAAGCUCUGCUUCAAAUUUACAUCUUCAGGGUCUUGUUCAAGGGGAGAAAAGUGUAACUUUAGGCAUGACAUGGAUGCAAGGGAGCAAUGUCUAAGGGGUGUUUGUUUUGAUUUUAUAAACAAAGGAAAAUGCGAACGGGGUCCUGUUUGUAAUUUUAAGCACAACUUAGUGGAUGAAGGUGAGAAAUUUUCUCACAGGAGAAAUAGAUCAGAGAACAGGUCAAAAGAAUGCUGGUUCUGUCUGUCAAGCCCCAAUGUGGAGUCUCAUCUUAUUCUCACCGUAGGAGAAAAUUACUAUUGUGCACUGGCUAAGGGCCCACUAGUUCAAGACCAUGUACUGAUCAUACCUAUUGAGCAUUGUCCUAAUACUCUUUCUCUAGAUCCAGAACUAGAGAGUGAACUAGGAAGAUUCAGAAAUGCUUUGAAGAUGUAUUUCAAGGAUCUAGGCAAGGAAGUUGUUUUUUAUGAGUGGGUUUCCAGACAUGGCACUCAUGCCAAUCUUCAGGCUGUACCCAUUCCUUUGUCCAAAGCUAGUGCUGUCCAAGAGGCUUUCACUUCGGCUGCUGAAAAAUUAGGAUGUAAAUUUGAAUCCUUCAACUCAAACAACAAUUUUUUCAAAGGAAGGAAAUCAUUGAGAACACAGUUUGAUAGAAGAAUGAGUUUCUUUUAUGUGGAACUUUCAGAAGGUACAAUACUAUCACAUUCUGAUGAGGAUAGUGAGAAAUUUCCAGUGCAAUUUGGACGCGAGGUUCUUGCUGGUCUGUUGAAUUUGACUGAUAGAGCUGACUGGAGGUCUUGUAAGCUUAGCAAAGAAGAUGAGAUAAAAAUGGCAGAAGGUUUCAAGAAGCGAUUUGAAGAAUUUGAUCUGACUAAUUGAUUUUUACCAUGCAUGCUGGGCGGAAGUUUCAUUCAACAAGCACUAGUCUGCGUUGCAGAGAUCAUUGCUUGGAUAAACCAUAGGGUUGACAAUUCUUGGACAGACGCCAAUGUAUCACCUUGUCAACUUGUAGCAUAAUUCUUCCUGUGUUCAUCAAUGAAGUAAAUCGCAUAACUGGGAACAAAGGAUGGAAACAUAUGAUUUUGAGUUUAUGUGCAACGCACAGCAAGAAUGAAAAUGACGAGCAGAAUGCUACAGACUACAGUUUGACCAAAAAAGGUUGUUAACUUGUUAUUUGGCCAAUGCAUAUUUUAAAUGACAUGUCCACUACAGUCUACAAUGUAAGGUCAGGCAGGCCAAGAUGUAAAGUGUUAAUGAGUUAUGAUUGGAAAUGAACAAGACCUUGAGCACUUUAAAAUAUAGGAUGAUUUGUGCUGUCUUAUCAUCUCAA